AUGCUACUACUACUAUGGCAAAACACCCCACUGCAUAUUCAUUUUCAGCUAGAAAAUGAAAAGGAAAAGGCUUUUCUACUUGGACGUAACAUGAUGUUGCAGCUGUUCAACUAUUUCGGUUACCAUUUCGAUUUGCACUUCGUGGCUUUCGAUCCGAGAAGGGCUCCCGUUUAUAUGGCAUUCAUUCAUUUCAUAUAUGAGGCAAGUGAUGCGAAAAAGAUCAAUUAUAGCUUCGAAGUUGGGGCAAACAGCAGAAUGCUGAUGUGGCAAGGAGUUCCAAGGAGCAUUCAUUAUAGUCAUAGAACAGUUCGAGAGAGUUUGGACGGACUAAUUAUUCAAAGAAACAUGGAGCUCUUUUUCUCCGGAGGUAAUAGCCAGAAGCUGAAGCUCAACACACAAUUUUGA